CUCCCCUCUUUUUUUCCAUCCACACCUUUCUACUUCCUUCCGGUUCCGUCCGGUCGGUCGCGCAUGAGGGCAUGCAACGCAAGCGCGACUACGAACGCCAGAAGUGUUCCUGCGGACUCCAUCCACCACGAGCACGCACGAGAGGUUUUCAGUCCGCGUACAAACGCGAUCAGAUCCACUUCGAAAAUUGUCCGCUGAGACAGUCCGUGACUUUUUCAAAUGACCUAAUCGUGCGAGUGUCGGACUAUUAUGCGGUGCACGGAGAGUGUUCGUCGAGACUUUAUGCGACAAGCAGUCACCACUGAUCGCUAAAGUUAUUAAUCGCUGACAAUUAUUUCAAGUUAAUAUACGAAAAACGAAACCAUGAAAAAUAACAAAGUGCUUCCAUCGCGCGCUUGCGUCUGUUGCGCGAAUAUAAUUUUCUUGGUGUCGGGAUUUGUGUUGAUAUUAUUGGGAGGAUUACUGUUGGCCGAUGACGAGCGAAUUUUACUGUCGCGUCUACUAGGAGCUGGUGACAUCUAUCCGGAUCAGCCAAUCUUCUAUUACCUGGCAUUCGCAUUAGUUGCGUCAGGAUUUCUUAUCGGGCUCCUCGGAUUCUGGGGAGCCUAUCUCUAUGAUAAUUGCUGCUUCACGACCUCUUACCUCGUGACUGUAAUCCUACUGUUCUUCGGCGAAUGCUCCGUUUGCAUCAUCGCGAUGUUUUGGCCUCACCUGUUGGGAAUGGAUGUAAGACCAGCGCGUUUGAUACGCGCUUUACAACGCAGCUACGCCGUUCCCGGCCGUGAGCAGUUCACAGCGGCUCUUGAUCUGGCACAAACGGCAUUCUCCUGUUGUGGCAUCAACGGAAGCAACAAUUACGGCACGUCGUGGUGGCGGCUGCAGGAAGUCGGCCGAAGAGAAUUAGUGGUGCCUCUCAGUUGUUGCACCCUGAAUAACGCCAAUGAGACGGACUCCUUCCUCAACCCUGUGCCUGCCAAUCUCACUCUCUGCCAGACUCUGAACCCUGCUGAACAUCAAUACGCCCGACACACAGUGGGUUGCCUCGAGCACAUCGAGAAAUGGAUGCAGAAUCAGGCACUGAUCCUCUUGGCCAUCGUACUAGCCAUCAUGUUUGUCGAAGUAAUCGCGCUUCUCAGCGUACUCCUCGCCUGCUCGCGGGGAAAGAAGAGGAGCAAGUCGCAAACAUCGACAUUUACCUCCACGCAAACCCUCAGUCCGUUCGCGGAAAGUGAUCAUGAUUUCGGCAUGGGAAUCGAGAACAGAAUACACACGGCCGGAACGACUUUCGGUGUGAAGUCAUGAAGAUGGCUAGAGGGCGGCGAAGGGCGACAGGCUAUCGACAAGGAUACGAAUAAGCGAGAAACUAUUAGCGACGAUUCCAAGUACAGCAUCUUAGUACCAAGCGGCAAGAGCAUAAUCGAGGAAUGGCGGAA